UAGAAAAACAAUGACACGUUUUAUAAAAGACCAAAAUUAAGUUACUAUUGUCAGAAAUAAAACGAUUUUGUGUAUAUCUGGUAUUAUCAAUCAGUCAUUAAAAUUUUUUUCUUGCAGCUUCUUAAAAAUUUAAUAAAGAAUUUAAGUGUUAUUUUUUGAGAAGAACAAUUUUAAACUUAUAAAGGGUGAAACUUUAUUAACCGCUUAGUAUGGGUUCGUUGUUUAGAAGUGAAGAAAUGACCUUAUGUCAACUCUUCUUGCAAAGCGAAGCAGCCUAUGCUUGUGUUUCAGAAUUAGGAGAAUUGGGUCUUGUUCAGUUUCGCGAUCUAAAUCCUGAUGUUAAUGCAUUUCAACGGAAAUUUGUUAACGAAGUUCGUCGUUGUGAUGAAAUGGAAAGAAAGUUACGUUAUCUUGAAAAAGAAAUAAAAAAAGAUGGUAUUCCAAUGCUUGAUACUGGUGAAAGCCCGGAGGCACCACAACCACGUGAAAUGAUAGAUUUAGAAGCAACUUUUGAAAAGUUAGAAAAUGAACUACGUGAAGUCAAUCAAAACGCCGAAGCUUUAAAACGAAAUUUUUUAGAAUUAACUGAGUUAAAGCAUAUUUUACGUAAGACGCAAGUGUUUUUUGAUGAGCAAGAGGUUGGUCUUAAUACCACAACCGAAUCAAUGACAAGAGCUUUAAUAACUGAUGAAGCACGAACAGGACAUUCUAUGGGUCCCGUUCAAUUGGGUUUUCUGGAAAAAUCACGUGAACAACUUACAGAAGAUUAUCUGCCAUGCUUUGUUGCUGGUGUAAUUUUACGUGAAAGAUUGCCAGCUUUUGAAAGGAUGUUAUGGCGGGCCUGUCGGGGAAAUGUUUUUCUUCGGCAAGCUAUGAUUGAGGCGCCGCUUGAGGAUCCAUCAAAUGGUGACCAAGUUUACAAAUCAGUAUUCAUUAUAUUUUUUCAAGGAGAUCAAUUGAAAACACGCGUAAAAAAAAUUUGUGAAGGUUUUCGGGCGACAUUGUAUCCAUGUCCUGAAGCGCCAGCCGAUCGUCGAGAAAUGGCUAUGGGGGUUAUGACGCGAAUCGAGGAUUUGAAUACAGUUUUAGGGCAAACGCAAGAUCAUAGGCAUCGCGUAUUAGUUGCAGCCGCUAAAAAUCUCAAAAAUUGGUUUAUCAAAGUACGCAAGAUCAAAGCCAUUUAUCACACUUUGAAUUUAUUCAAUUUAGAUGUGACACAAAAAUGUUUAAUUGCUGAAUGUUGGGUUCCAGUCCUAGAUAUUGAAACAAUUCAACUAUCUUUAAGACGUGGAACUGAACGUUCUGGUUCUUCUGUGCCGCCGAUUUUAAAUAGAAUGCAAACUUUUGAAAACCCACCGACAUACAACCGGACCAAUAAGUUUACAAAAGCAUUUCAAGCUUUGAUUGAUGCAUAUGGUGUUGCAACUUAUCGUGAAAUGAAUCCAGCUCCAUACACUAUAAUCACGUUCCCAUUCUUAUUUGCUGUUAUGUUUGGUGAUUUUGGACAUGGUAUGAUCAUGGCAUUAUUUGGGUUGUGGAUGAUUCGAAAAGAAAAAGGACUUGCAGCACAAAAAACUGAUAAUGAAAUUUGGAAUAUAUUUUUUGGAGGACGUUAUAUAAUAUUUCUUAUGGGGGUAUUUUCGAUGUAUACCGGUUUGAUAUACAAUGAUAUGUUCUCAAAGUCUUUGAAUAUCUUUGGUACAAAUUGGAAAAUAAAUUAUAAUGUUUCAACUGUUAUGACAAACAAGGAUUUGCAACUAAAUCCUGACGGAAAAGAUUAUUUACAAUACCCGUAUCCUUUUGGAAUAGAUCCGAUCUGGCAAGUCGCUACCGGAAAUAAAAUUAUUUUUAUGAAUGCUUACAAAAUGAAAAUUUCUAUUAUACUAGGAGUCAUUCACAUGAUUUUUGGUGUUGCAAUGAGCUACCAAAACCACAAAUAUUUUAAAAAUCAUGUUGCUGUCGUUUACGAAUUUAUUCCUCAAGUGAUAUUUUUGGUAUUGUUAUUUUUCUAUAUGGUUCUAUUGAUGUUUAUUAAAUGGAAUAGAUAUGCUGCAAAUAAUCCUGCGCCAUAUUCGGCUUAUUGUGCUCCAUCGAUUUUGAUUACAUUUAUAAAUAUGGUACUUUUCAAGGGCCAACCAGAACCUCCACAAAAUACAGGUUGCUAUCAAUACAUUUAUUCUGGUCAAGGUUUCUUUGAACCUUUAUUUGUUUUAAUUGCUCUUGUUUGUGUUCCAUGGAUGUUACUUGGAAAGCCUUUGCAUAUCAAAAAACAAAGAAAAAUAGCAAAUAUUCAAUCUAUUCAAGUUGUUGGAAAUGGUGAUCCAGAGACUGGUUUGAACCCUGAUUCCAUUGUAUCGACGGCAGCUGAAGCAGGAGGCCAUGGUGCAGGAAGCCAUGAUAACGAAGAAAUGUCUGAAAUAUUUAUUCAUCAAGGAAUACACACGAUUGAAUACGUUUUGGGUUCUAUUUCUCACACCGCAUCUUAUUUGCGUCUAUGGGCUCUUUCUCUUGCUCAUGCUCAAUUAGCUGAUGUGUUGUGGAGCAUGGUACUUUCCAUCGGACUUAAACAAGAAGGAUGGCUAGGUGGAGUAAUGCUUUGGGUAGUUUUUUCAAUAUGGGCUGUACUUACUGUUAGUAUUCUUGUCCUUAUGGAAGGUCUUUCUGCCUUCUUGCACACUUUACGACUGCAUUGGGUUGAAUUCCAAAGUAAAUUUUACGCUGGGCAAGGGUAUGCUUUCCAACCUUUUUCGUUCGAUGUUAUGUUAGAUACAGGAAGUUCGGAGGUAGCUUCUUCAGAAUAAAUGAAUUACUUCGUCUUGCAAAAUACUUUCAAUUAUUUAUGUAUAAAUGUUUAAAAAUGACAAAACUUUGAGAAUAUGAAUUUUGAUUUGAGAUUAGUAGAAUUUUUAAAUUUAUAAAUAAAAUUAUUAGGUCACAUAAAAUUUUCUCGUUUUGAUUAAUCUUAAUCUAAGCGAAGAAAAUAAUGUACUUUGUUAAGAAAAUAUAAUGUAAAAAUUCUUCUUUUUGUUACUUACCUCAUUCAUUUAAAAUGUAAACACG